AGCAGAAUCGAGCUGUCAGUGUGGAGGUUCCAGCUCAGUACUUGGUGUGCUUUACAUGCUGUACUGUCUCCACAUCGACUGCGACGGCGUUACACAGCAGAUGGAUAUGACUUAACGACAAGACAAAAACAAACAAAUGAACUCUCACGGGUUUAUUGGAUGUCUGGACGCUCAAAAAUAGCUUCGGAUUCUUUCCCUCGGCUGUGGUCUGACCAAAUCACUGUGACUUCACACAUCAGAUUUCCCCAGUUUUGGAAAUACCUGUUCAUUGCAGCUCCCACAAAUUCGAUCAUGAACACGCACGAUUCAGAUGUGCACACCAUCUCUCCGGAGCUGCCAGCGAUGUUUGAUGGCAUGAAGUUGGCGGCGGUGGCGACGGUCCUCUAUGUCAUUGUACGUUGCCUAAAUCUCAAGAGCCCCACUGCGCCCCCAGACCUGACCUAUCAAGAUACACCCCUCAACCACUUCUUGCUCAAGUCCUGUUCUCAGCUGACCAAAGAGUAUAUUCCUCCAUUGCUGUGGGGCAAGAGUGGUCACCUCCAAACAGCCUUAUAUGGGAAACUUGGUCGGGUGAGCUCACCUCAUCCCAGUGGGAUCAGGAAGUACUUGCCCAUGCAGGAUGGGGCCACUGCAACCUUUGACCUUUUUGAACCAGUAGGGGACCAUCGAACAAGAGAUGACAUCACCAUGGUGAUAUGCCCUGGUAUCGGUAACCACAGUGAGAAGCAUUAUAUCCGAACUUUUGUGGAUUACGCCCAGAAGGACGGUUACCGUUGCGCUGUGUUGAACCACCUCGGAGCUCUACCCAACAUUGAGCUCACUUCGCCCCGCAUGUUUACUUAUGGCUGCACAUGGGAGUUCGCUGCCAUGGUUGGGUACAUUAAGCGGGCAUAUCCUCAGACCCAUUUGAUAGUGGUGGGCUUCAGUCUGGGUGGAAACAUCGUUUGCAAGUUCCUGGGUGAGAACAUGUCCAACCAGGAACGAGUGCUUUGCUGUGUCAGCGUCUGUCAAGGUUACAGUGCUCUUCGGGCCCAGGAAACAUUCCUACAGUGGGAUCAGUUCAGGCGCUUUUAUAAUUUUCUCAUGGCUGACAACAUGAAGAAAAUAAUCCUUUCACACAGGCACAGUCUAUUUGGAGGAAACUCAGUUAAGAUGAUAGAAGGAGAUCUUGGUCGGCUAUACACUGCAACAUCGCUCAUGCAGAUCGACGACAACAUCAUGAGGAAAUUCCAUGGCCACAGCUCUCUCAAAGAGUAUUAUGAGAAAGAAAGUUGUGUACAUUAUAUUCACAAUGUAAAUGUACCGCUGCUGCUCGUGAAUGCUGCAGAUGAUCCUCUGGUCCAUGACUCACUCCUCAAAAUACCCCGCACGCUAGCAGAAAAGAAGCCAAACGUCAUCUUUGCCUUGACGCUACAUGGAGGCCACCUCGGUUUCUUUAAGGGGGCCGUGCUCUUUCCCAAGCCCCUCACCUGGAUGGACAAAGUGAUUGUGGGCUAUGCCAACGCCAUAUGCCAAUGGCAGAAGCAGAAACCACCGUGCCAAAGUGACCCCCUGAGUGAGAGUUCCUGUGCAACGGAAAAAUGCUAAAAUCUUUCAUCUCCUUUUCCUACCCCCUGAUCGUAACUCACACAAGACCCCACUAUCUCAGCACUGAGGAGACACGCGGAAGUGCUCCCUCUUUUCUGCCUUUUUUAUCGGUGCUGCUCAAUGCUGCACACUUCUGCGCCCGCCACACGCCCUCCCAUGCCUUCAGCACAGUCUCAGGAACGACAAACUUCCUCUGACGUCCAAAGCGGGAACACUGUUUUUAUGAUGCGUGCUCAACGGUUACAUUCAAUCAUAAAGUCCGUGACCAAAAUUACUGAGGUGCGGACCACAAAAGUGAGCCCCUCACAUGCAGUAGUGUUGUGCUGCGCUUACCGCCAUUUUAGCGUCAUAUGCCAUUUAGCUUCAUAUGCCAUGCCAUUCAUAAACAUGGUGGAUGCGUGUGUGUGUGGAGAGGUAAAGACUAGGGACUGCGUGUUAAUAGGCCCGAUCCAUGUUCUCUGCUAUAGUUGGUAGAAAUUUAGCAGUUCAAAAAAAUCUUUGUAGGCACUUGAAGAGGAAGAAAGCAUAGUUGCUUGUGAGCAAGCCCAAAUGGGAUCAACGCACAUUCCCAAAGUCGUAUUCUUUUUCUCAGAUUCUUUGCACUUUAUAGCUACACUCUAUCAUGUUUUUUGUUGUUGUUUCUGCUCUCUGGGUGGGAGGUGAGAGGACAACAAUGUGUUGGAAAAUUCCAAUGCUCCACAAGUUGUCUCUGUCAUGAUCUUUUGCGUUCACCUUUGACCGGUUGCACCUACUGCCAGUGCUAAGAGCCCAGAGACACCACGUUGUUCAGUGGUAAAAUGAAUUACACCGAACAGCUGGUCUGAACUCUCUCUCUUAAAGAGAGUUGAGAAUUGGGAAGCACACUAAUUCGCUUGGUUAAUAAAAUCUUCUUUACUGUGAGGUAUGAUUAGUUAAAGGUCCAAUUUACUAAGUAAUAAACCAAAUAUUUUCUAUGGACUGUUUGAACAACACUAGUGAUGGUCAAGUGAUAUUAUCCGGUGAACAGUGCAUCAGAGACAGGUGCUGUACUGUAUGUUGGGAGGGGUUGGAUUUUUUCCCCGUGGUUAUUUCUCCCGUGACUUAUUGUCAAAACCUUUGGCAUUUAGUGCUGAAAUGCAGCAAUUUGAACCAAAAGAAAAUGCAGUAAAUUACUGAAAUGCAACUUACCUUGAUCAACUUUAAACUUAAAUGUUAAUUAUCGGUCCAGGAAAAAUGACUGAUGAGUUUACUUAAAAAUGAUGAUGCAAUGCAUACAGUAAUGAAAGAGACACGGAGCUCAUCUUGUAUUUAAACUAAUUUAAAUAUCACAGAAAAGGGCCAGAACUUUGUGAAUUUACCGAAAAAAAAUAUAAGCAGUUUAUGUUUAAAUUGAAGUGUAUUUUUUCUGUUAUAAUGUUGAUCCAUAAAAAAAAGUGAAGGUUUUUUGACAUGUUACGAAGUGGUUGUAUCCCAUUUGUUAAAUUUGGUGGUAAAUUUUGGCUUUGACCAAAAAAACAAAAUACAAACAUCAUAGCCUUUAUACAAAAGUCACUGCUACCACCUACUGUUAGAGGAACCAAUCAUCAAUUCAUCUAUCCGUUAUGUUUUUCUUUUUCUGCCAAUACUUCAUCAAUGAGAAUAUAUAUUUAUAUAUAUUUUGCCUUUUUCAUCUUUGCAGAUAUUCAUUUGCGUUUGUGAACAAUACUUGUGUAUGUGUUAUUUGUUCAAAAUACCUGUACAUCUUUGUGCGUCAGUGACUGAGACUUACUUUAGCAUCUCAUCUGCUCUGGCAACAACCAAACAAUCGACUUUAAAUGAGAGUGUUUAAGGGAAAUAAAAUAAUCUAUAUUUAUUUUGAAAUAUUUAAAAGGCCAGGGAUGAAAACAAAAUGGAGGCAAUAAGCAAUCAGAAGAGAUUUAUGAAUAUCGGUGUGAUGUAAACAUGAUACAAUGAAAGGGGACCUAAAAUAUUUUUUGUUACAAGAAAAUAUUUAUUGAUCCAUGCUCUGUGCAUCUAAAAUAAUGUCCCCCAUUUUUUUUUUUUUUUUUUUUUUUUUUUAAAGCAUUUUGGGCUUGUUUUUUCUGAGGUUAACAGAAUAUAAUAUAAUUCAAAUACUAAAGUCCAAAACACUCAUCAGGUUGGGUUCUAUCUUGCUUUACAGCCCACAAUAAAUAUGCUGCUUUAAUUUUGUUAGCAUUUGUUUAUUAGCAUUUGUUAAUUAUCUGAUGCCUCGAAGGGAUGCAAAAAUGGUAAGAAUGGUUUCUUUUCAUAUUUGGACACUUGUUUUUUUUCUUUGUUUUUUAUUAUCAUGUUUUCAUUUUCUAAAUAUGUUGUGUAAGGAAUCAUGAUGAUAUUCCCAAAUAAAUUUUGUCCAAAGGAGAAACUUGCUGGG